CCACUCAAGAGUUUUCCUUCAAAGUCCAUCAUUUAAGCUCAAAGAUAAAUUGUGUUAGCGACGCCUUAUCGCGUUAUCCUCCCGACCGAACUGAUCCUGUGGAGAGUGCAAAGCCUGCUGACGAAUUGUUGGAUACCAUGCUCGACAAUUUGAUGAUCACCGAAAAUUAUAUCACUGAAUCGAUUUACGAGGAAUGGUUAAAGAAGAUUUAUGAUUACCUCCAAGCGUGUGCAGCAGGGAAUGUUGUUCAGAUGGAUCACGAACCCAAAAUAAAAAGGCUAAGUUUAAAGUACACCAUAUCUGAAAAUCGGUUGUAUCGCUGGGUUUCGUCCACUCGUUAUGUAAGGGUUCCUGCAGUAAAGGAAAGGCGUAAUGUUCUUGAAUAUGUUCACGAUGGCCAUGGACAUCAAGGUCUACAUGUUGUGGAAAAACGGUUUGUUUGACACGGAAAAAUAAAAGAUAAAAAAACAGGAAGAAUAAGAUUAAUAUUGCU